CACAACAAAAUUACCAGUAGAGAUAGUUCGAUAUACUCCAGAUCCGAUCCCUCAAACCCUACCACGAGGCCUAUUGAUUUUGGAUUCGAUCUUCUGGUUCUUCAAUGGCAUCCGAAGAGCCUACCGUAGCUGUUGAGCCUGUGGCAGAACCAGAGGCGGCCGAGCCGGCGGAGGAGAACCCUGCGCCGAAGGCUGCAAAAACCAAGAAGGCUAAGGAGCCGAAGGCUAAGAAGCCGGCCGGUGCGAAGAAGCCUAGGAGUCCUCCUACGCAUCCUCCGUAUAUUGAGAUGAUCACGGAGGCGAUCGUGGCGUUAAAGGAGAAGACUGGUUCGAGUCAGUACGCGAUCGCGAAGUUCAUAGAGGAGAAGCAUAAGCAACUUCCGCCCAACUUCAAGAAGCUUUUGCUCAUUCAUUUGAAGAAGUUUGUGGCUGCUGGGAAGCUCGUGAAGGUGAGAGGCUCGUACAAGCUUCCCCCCAGUCGACCUUCGGCUCCGAAGCCGACGGGUGCUGCUCCGGCUAAGAAGAAGACUGUGGCAACGAAGCCUAAAACUGCUGCCAAGCCGAAAGAAGCUAAGAAUACGAAGGCGAAGAAGGCGCCAGCCAAGCCCAAGGCUUCCGUUCCUAAGCCUAAAGCAGCUGCUAAGACGAAGGCAGCUGCCAAGCCCAAAGUUGCUCCAGCUAAGCCUAAGGUUCCUGCCAAGCCCAAGGCGGCUGCUAAGACAAAGACUGUGACGAAGCCCAAGCCUAAGCCGAAGGAGAAGCCAGCUAAGGCUGCACGGACGUCCACCAGGACUACGCCGGGGAAGAAGGCUGCCCCUCCGAAGCCAGCCCUGAAAAAAACUCCAGUUAAGAAAGCCCCGGCCAAGAGUGUAAAGCCCAAGAGCGUCAAAUCUCCGGCAAAGAAAGCCGCAGCCAAGAAGGCGAAGAAGUGAUAAGAGGGAUAGACAGUGGUGUUCGUAGGGCUAGCUCUGUAAAUUUGUGUUUUUAACUUUAUGGGUGUAUUAGGAUCCAUAUGCCCAUGGAAAAAUAUAGCAGCGGAUUUUAUUUCUUCCCUUUUUAAUUUCCUUUAUAUCCGGAGUUUCUUUUUUCAUUUCUUUUUGGGGGUUUAGAGAAUUUGUUAGUUGUAUCAGUGGAAUCGCGAAUUGAAUCAGAGGUGAUGGUAGCUUUCCCGGGCAUAUGAGGAGUUUAAAACUUUCUUUAAGACUUUCGCCAUUGUUGUCUUUGAGUAAGGUUGUCUAUGCGCUUAAAUCUCAUGGCAAAUUCUUAUUGAUUAGUUCCAAGCAAUUGGCGACAUUUAAAUAAAGUAUGGCUACAAGUCCAUUUUCUUUCAA